UGUGCUCCUCCGUCUAGCGAAUGCCGCUAGCUUCAUGUUUUCUACGACGUGAAGCAAUUAUACCUGCGUGCUGUUUGGUUUCUCCGAGUCGAAUCUCACAUCUCGGAACCGGAGGCUUUAAAUUUCUCACCGCUACUGCCUUGAUUCGCAGGCCGAAACACACACUACUUAGACCUCAACUUCAAUACCAUCGGACCUUCUACACCUCUCCAAUAGUCAUGGGCAAAAAAUCAAAGUCGACACCAAUCGCUGAAGAGACUUUGCAACUCACCUCUCCUCCCUCUUCAUAUGCGAUCGUAGACACACAUACGCAUUUACACUCAACUUUCGAUUUCUACAAGAAAGCAUACCCAAACGGAAAAUAUGAUAACGUGUGGGACUUUGUGCGCGGCUUGUACGAAGGACGAAAUGUGGAAGCUAUUAUAGAUGUCUGGUGCGAAGCGCCAGUGUUAAAAGCAUGGAAGGAAAUUGCUGACUCUUCGGAGAACAAAGAGUUGUGGUGUGGAUUAGAAUACUGGUUCGUUAUGGGUGUACAUCCACACGAAGCACAACAUUAUACAGAUGAAGUAGAGAACGAUAUCCUCGGAGCCAUGCAACAUCCGCGCUGUGUUGGUUGGGGCGAGAUCGGAUUGGAUUAUCAUUACGACAACUCCCCUCGAGAACUUCAACAAGAGGUCUUCAGACGGCAACUACGCCAUGCUAUUAAACUGAACAAACCUCUGACGAUACAUACCCGGGAAGCUGAGGACGAUACUGAGAGGAUCAUGAAGGAAGAAAUCCCAGCUGACCAUCGGAUACAUGUACAUUGCUUUACAGACUCACCUGAAUUCGCAUCACGAAUGCUGACGCACUUUCCUAACCUCUACAUCGGAGUUACUGGCGUUAUCACAUACGCGACAAACCUCAAUACGUCCGGUGUCGUUCGCCAGAUGGUCCCUCCAGCGUCUUCAUCUAUUGCAUUGGAUGGGCAACUUCGAAUCCUAUUGGAAACGGAUGCACCAUUUAUGACGCCAUCUAACCUCUCACCAUCGCUAAUCAAUCCCGCAUUGAAAAAUAAGCGGUUCCCAUUGUGUCAUACUGCAAUGAUACCAUGGACUGCUGAAUUCGUUUCACAAAUAAUCAACGGAAAGACCAGCGGGACAAGCAGUGGGUCGGGAAGUUCUGAGGCACUCGCGGAGGAAGACAGCGAAGGGAACUCUUGGAAUGCUCAGAGAGUUAUGAGAGUUGCUAGAGAGAAUGCGAGGGCUAUGUACGGUGUUUGAAUAGAAUUUUUCUGACAAGCAGUGGUUUUCCAACGCUGAACCC